AUGGGCCAAUCUGAGUUUGCCGACGAGAAGCUCGGCAGCAACCAUGUCGAGCACGUCGCCAGCGAAGGGCAGACCCUCGACUCCCUCGACACCAUUGAGCAGACCCAGACCGGGAGAUACUCAUGGCUAGUCUCCAUCACCGCUGCCAUUGGCGGUAUGCUCUUCGGAUACGACACUGGCAUCAUCUCCGCCGUCCUUGUCUACAUCGGCCGUGAUCUCGGUCACACUCUCUCCUCCAACGAAAAGGAACUCAUCACCUCCGUCACUUCUGGUGCCGCCUUCUUUGGAGCCAUCUUCGCCGGUGCCACCGCUGACAAGUUUGGCCGCAAGCCUGCUAUCUACGUCGGAUGCGUUCUCUUCAUCCUCGGAGCCAUUCUUCAAGCUGCAUCCUUUGGACUCGCUCAGAUGACCGUGGGACGUCUCGUUGUUGGUUUCGGUGUCGGUUCCGCUGCCAUGAUUGUCCCCAUGUACAUUGCAGAAGUUUCCCCUGCCAAGUAUCGCGGACGCAUGAUUGGCUUAGACAACAUGUCUAUCACUGGGGGCCAGUUGGUUUCCUACGGCAUUGGUGCUGGAUUCGCAAAAGUCGCUGGCGGCUGGCGCUACAUGGUCGGUGGUGGUGCUAUCCCAGCCAUCAUUCUCUGCUGCCUUCUCCCAUUCUGCCCUGAAUCUCCUCGCCAGCUCAUCUACCACGGCAAGGCCGAUCAAGCCCGCGUUGUCAUCCGCAGCAUCUACCCCCACGCCACCGACCUCCAGGUCGACCAGAAGGUCCAGCACAUCACCAUCCACGUCCAGGAGUCCAAAGACCUGACCGCCGGCAAGAGCCAAUGGUGGGUGCUCAAGCAGCUCUAUGUUAUUCCCGGCAACUUCCGUGCUCUCGUCUGCGCUUGCGGUCUCAUGGCUAUUUCCCAGCUCGGUGGUUUCAACUCGCUCAUGUACUACUCUUCGACCCUCUUCGCCCUCGUUGGCUUCUCCAACCCCGUGGCCGUCGGAACUAUCAUCGCCGGAACCAACUUCUUCUUCACCUGGGUCAACCUCAUGCUCGUCGACCGUAUUGGCCGCCGCCGCAUAUUGCUCUGCACCAUGCAAUUUAUGGGUCUCUUCCUCGUCGUUGCGGCUGUCGCUUUCCACUGGAUCCCAGUCAACCACGAUCUCUCUCUAAAAGCGGGCACUAAAGUCGGCCCCCCGGCUAUCAUUGUUCUCGUCUCCAUGGUCUGCUACGUUGGCUUCUACUCCUCCGGUAUGGGCAACACCGCCUGGUUGAGCUCUGAGUUCUUCCCCAUGGAGGUUCGCGCUAUGGGCACGAUGAUGUUGACGAUGACAUGCUGGGGCUCCAACGUUAUCGUCGCCUCCACUUUCCUCUCCCAGAUGGAGAACACCACUCCCUCCGGUGCCUUCGGCUUCUACGCCGCCAUCUGUAUCCUCGGCUGGGUUGCUGUCUGGUGGUGCUACCCUGAGGUCAAGGGCAUGACCCUCGAGGACAUCCGCGAGGUCUUUGCUCAGCCCUCUUUCCGCGGUUGUGUGCGCCGCGCGCGCGAGAUCCAGAAGGAAGUCAAGUCCCAUGGCAUGCAUGCUCAUGUUGAUCCAGACACCAAGCUAGCUGUGCAUGUUUAG